ACCGAUAUGGAGAAUCGUGUCCAAUUGCGAUACUUUUCGCAAUAAAAUUGCUAAUUUAAUUCAACGGUCAGUGUUACGGGUAGUGGUUUUGAUAGCUUUUAAAUCUCUGUUAGAAGGUCCGCAUAAUGGAAGCUCUGUACAUGCAAACCAACAGCCUCAUCCAGGAAACGCAGCAAUGUUUCCAGCGGCUGAAUGAUACGCGUUUUGAUUCGGGUGAAAUUGAACACGACAUCCAAAUGAAGAUUACAACAGUUAAUGGCAACUGUGAUCGAUUGGACGUGCUGCUCUUCAAAGUGCCCGUAGCGCAGCGUCAAAAUGCGAAAAUGCGAGUCGAUCAGCUCAAGUACGACAUACGACAUCUGCAGGCCGCGCUAAAGCUGUACCAAGAUAAAAAACAGCGUCGCGAGACAGAGCUAGCGGAACGGGAAAGUUUACUCAACAAACGAUUCACCGCAAAUACGGAAACGUCGAUCGACAUCGAUUACUCCUUGCAGCACCACAACUCGAUGCAAAAUGCACACCGAGGUGUGGAUGAAAUGAUCUGGACGGGAUCGAAUGUGUUGGACGGUUUGCGAUCGCAGCGCGAAACGCUAAAGGGAGCACGAAAGCGAAUACUGGACGUCGGCAAUACGCUCGGACUGUCGAACCAAACGAUGAAAAUGAUCGAACGAAGACUCGUCGAGGAUAAGUACGUGAUGUAUGGUGGGAUGUUUGUUACAACGGUUAUAAUUUGUUUGAUAAUUUACAUUUGGAUUCUCUAACGAAUGUAAAAUAAAUGCCUGCUGCUUUUCGAAUGUGGUUCACGAUUUGCUGCGCCGAUUUUUCGU